UUCAUGAGGAGACUUGCAUUCAAAGUUCCUUUCCUAAUACAAAAAAGAAAAGAAAGAGAAACCAAAGAUUGAAACUCAGAUUUCUUUUACUGAACCUAAGAAUUCCAUCAUAUUUCUUAACAAUUUAUCUGCACUUUUGUUUUUUAGUCCUGCAAAUGAGUCCUUCCGGUCUAGCAGUAUCUUCUCUGGUGUUGUUGGUUGUCUUUUCUAGUGUUGAAGGGAUUCGAUCGGAGAAAAGUUUUAAACCAUCAUGGCAUUCUAAAUUGCAUGAAGAAGCUUUGAUGAAAAACAGUAAUGGAGUUUUGGGAGAUGUCAUUUUCUGCAAAGGACAUUGUACAGGAGACAGUAGGAAACUUAUUACUGCAACUCCUGCAUCUUCCACCAGUUCAAAGAGCGAAGACAGUGGAGAUGACAAAGCUAGCACUACUUCAAAAGUCGAAUUAGUGAACCGAGGAAAUGGUGAACAGCAAGAGAAAUUCCCUGUUGGUUCGCCGACAACUUCCGAGAUCCAUGACCAGUAUGCGGACAUCAUGGAGAUAGCUGAAAUGGACUAUUCCCAAGCCAGGAGAAAACCUCCAAUACACAACUAAGAGUGUAGGGGGAAAUCAGAGAC